CCGUGCACACACCUCGCUGGCGGGUCGCAGCAUGAGUCGCCACUUGGACCUGGUGAGGAGCUUCCUGGAGCAGCUGGAGGCCCGGGACCACCGGGAGGGAGCAAUCCUUGCCCGCGAGUUCAGCGAUAUUAAGGCCCGCUCGGUGGCCUGGAAGACUGGAGGUGUGUGCUCCACUAAGGUUGGCAGUCGGCCUGGGAACAUGAAGAAGAACCGCUACAAAGACGUGGUGCCAUAUGAUGAGACACGCGUUAUCCUUUCCCUGCUCCAGGAGGAGGGACAUGGAGAUUACAUCAAUGCCAACUUCAUCCGGGGCACAGAUGGAAGCCCGGCCUACAUUGCGACACAAGGACCCCUGCCUCAGACUCUGUUGGACUUCUGGCGCCUGGUUUGGGAGUUUGGGGUCAAGGUGAUCCUGAUGGCCUGUCAAGAGACAGAGAAUGGAUGGAAGAAGUGUGAGCGAUACUGGGCCCAGGAGCGGAAGCCACUGCAGACUGGGCCUUUCUGCAUCACCCUGACAAAGGAGACACCGGUGAAUGCAGAUGUCAUUCUCAGGACCCUUCAGGUUACAUUCCAGAAGGAAUCCCGCACUGUGCACCAGCUACAGUAUAUGUCCUGGCCUGACCACGGGGUUCCCAGCAAUCCUGAUCACAUUCUCACCAUGGUGGAGGAGGCCCAUCGCCUCCAAGGAGCUGGUCCUGGACCCCUCUGUGUCCACUGCAGUGCCGGCUGCGGACGAACAGGUGUCCUGUGUGCGGUUGAUUACGUGAGGCAGUUGCUGGUGACCCAGACAAUCCCACCCAAUUUCAGCCUCUUUGAUGUGGUCCUUGAGAUGCGGAGACAGCGGCCUGCUGCCGUGCAGACAGAGGAGCAGUACAAGUUCCUGUACCACACAGUGGCCCAGCUAUUCUCCCGUACUCUCCAGAAAACCAGUCCCCACGACCAGAAUCUCAAGGAGAACUGUGCCCCCACCUGCAAGGAUGCCUCGUCCCUCAGGACCUCCCCAGCCCUGACUGCCACAUCCCGGCCGCCAGGAGGGGUUCUCAGGAGCAUCUCGGUGCCCGGGCCCCCGACCCUUCCCAUGGCCGACACCUACGCCGUGGUGCAGAAGCGUGGCGCCCCCGCGGGCACAGGGCAGGGGACGCGGGUGCCUAGCAGCGCGGAUGCCCCGAUCUACAGCCAGGUGGCUCCGCGUUCCCAGCGGCCGGUGGCACACAGCGAGGACGCGAGGGGGACGACGCCACCGGGCCAUGUUCCUGCGGAUCAAGACCCUCCCGGGCCUGAUGCCUAUGAAGAAGUAACGAAUGGAGCGCAGACGGGUGGCCUAGGCUUCAACCUGCGCAUCGGAAGACCCAAAGGGCCACGGGAUCCUCCGGCGGAGUGGACACGGGUGUGAGUGCUGUACCAGGUCCUGGCACAGAAAGGAGAUGCUUGGCUGCUUGGCGAGAAUUCAGUGAGAGAACAAACGUGGUCACCAGCAAAGUUUGAUAAGAAAGAAACCACCAUGAUCCCUUUGCUUGUCAUGUGACGACUUCUUUAUGCCCUUGAAAACAUGUUAAUAAUUGCUUCUGCUAUUGGGCUCUCUCUCUCCCUCCUCCCUCUCUCUCCCCCUCCAUCCCUCCCUCUCCAUCUCUCUCUGCUUUUUUUUUUUUUGAGGCAGGGUUUCUCUGUGUAGCCCUGGCUCUUGUAGAACUCACUCUGAUGAUAAGGCUGGCCUUGAACUCACAGAGAUCUUCCUGCCUCUGCCUCCACCAGUGAGGAUAAUAAAGGCAUGCGCCGCCA